AUGACACGAGCUAAUUACUUCAUUGUUGUUUUAUCGCUCUUCAUAAUUUGGUCGUUAUUUCUUAGCAAACCAUGCAGUGCUUUAGCUCCUAAAACUUUUCCAUCUUUUCCCGCUAUUCUCAUUUUUGGUGAUUCUACUGUGGAUAUCGAAAAUAACAACUUCAUUCACACUAUUUUCAAGGCUAAUUACGCACCAUACGGUAAAGAUUUCUUGGAUCAUGUUGCUACGGGAAGGUUUAGUGAUGGAAAACUUAUCCCUGAUAUGAUAGCUUCUAAAUUAGGCAUAAAAGAGCUUGUUGCUCCGUUUUUUAAUCCAAAAUUGUCGGAUGAUGAUGUCAAAAUAGGUAUCUGUUUUGCAUUGGCUGGCUUAGGGUUUGACAAUUUGACUUCUAUGAUAUCCAAUGUCAUUCGUGUGAUGAAGCAAGUUGAUCUUUUCAAAAACUAUAUUCAAAGGCUUCAAGGGAUUGUGGGUGUGGACGAAAGUAAAAGGAUUAUUCGUAAUGCUUUGGUUGUUAUUAGUGCAGAAACUAAUGACUUGAACAUUAAUUUCUACGACCUUCCGACAAGACAACUACAAUACAAUAUUAGCUGUUACAAAGUCGUUGCUGGCCUCCCUCCGGUUGGUUGUCUUCUCAUUCAAGAGACUAUAUCAUUUCAAAAUCCCCUCCACCAAGUAUGUUUGGAGGAUCAAAAUUCAGAUUCCGAAGACUACAACCAAAAGCUUUCAAAGCUACUCACCAAUUUACAAUCACAACUAAGUGGAAGCACGAUUUUGUACGCUGACAUUUAUACCCCUCUCAUUGAUAUGAUCAAUAAUCCUAAAAAAUAUGGUUUUGAGCAUAAAGAGAAGGGUUGUUGUGGAAUUGGAUUAGUGGAAGUGAGGCCUUCUAUGUAA